GGUACCUUGACUGUGAGAGUCGGGGUGAAGAAGGAGCAGCACAUUCGUGGAGAUAUUUGAAUUGUUUUGUCUCCUAGCUUUCAGAUUUAAAUUCACACAUCAGUGAGCUUCAAGGAAGAAUGAGGAAAUGUAAAGAAUCCACGUUUGAAAAGUUAAGGGCGACUGACUUGCCUGAUUACCCCUCAAUGCAGAGACGCCUUUCUGAGCCUGGUGUAAAGAUCUGAGGAGGAGAUGAUAGCAGAGCCCACACCCACAGCUACAUGCAGGCCCUCAGAGGAGACUGAGAACGCUCAUGAUGAGGCAAAUUCAUCUGGAGCUGUCAAUCAUUCAGAGGAUGAGUCGGGGAAUGAGAACAGACAGAAGGGUGUGAGAAGAAGGAGAAGAGCACACAGCGGCUCAGAGAAUGUCAAACGCCAAAGUACCAAAGCCGGCUGUAGCAGUGUUAGCAGAGCAGCAGGCAGCCACAGAAAGAGGAGACAUGUGGAGGCUGUCACGCUGUUUGAGGUGGUGACCAUGGGCAGGAGUGCCAUGCAGGUGGUGAUAGAUGACUGGAUCGAGGCAUAUGUGACGGACAGAGAUUCUGCUCUCCUCGAUCUCAUCAGCUUCUUCAUCCAAUGCUCUGGAUGCAAAGGUGUGGUCACAGCAGAGAUGUGUCAGAGCAGAGAAUACAGCGAUGAUGUGAUGAGUAAGAUGGUUGAGGACAUGGAUGAGGUUGUUGGUGUGCAGUACAAAAAGUUUCUAGCUUUUCCAUGGAUCCUCACUGUCACCUGGCCCAUGGAUACAGACAGUGUGGAGUAUCCUCUCAUACAGUCUGGACCGUAUGGCCGCUGGUUUCACUCUGAGUUCUGUGACUUUGUGUCACUCCUGGUGGCUCAGUGUCAGCACAGCGUCAUCUUUGACAGUUACCUGAUGAGCACCCUCAUCUCACUGCUCACAGAGCUGUCAAACUCCUACGUACGAGCCUUCAGACACACCUGCACGCUGGCAGCGGUGAAGCUGCUGAGCUCUCUCAUCAGCGCGGCUCUGAGCCUGAGUGCUGGCAUUGAAAACAGUCAGAAACUCUACGAGGUGCAAAAGACAAAGAAAAGCAAGCCACAGCUGGAGAAGACACAGAAGAAGAUCACCGAGCUGCAGGAGAAGAGGACAGAGAUAGAGAGCAUGAUGGACAUUAUCUUCAAAGGCGUUUUUCUGAAAAGAUAUUGCGACGUGCUUCCAGAAAUUCGCUCUAUCUGUAUGGAGGAGUUGGGUUUGUGGAUGAAGCUCUACAGUUCUGCGUUUCUCAGUGAUAGCUACCUCAAAUACAUGGGCUGGAUGAUGUAUGACAAGGUACCAGAUGUGCGUCUCAAGUGUGUGUUAAGUCUGCAGGGUUUGUAUGCAGAUCCUCUGCUCGUGUCCAAACUAGACUUGUUCACCAGCCGGUUCAAGGACCGAAUGAUCUCCAUGACCCUAGAUAAGGACACUGAAGUGGCAGUGCAGACCAUGAAACUACUGGUUCUUAUCUCUAAAACAUCUGAUGAUGUGCUCAGUGCGGAGGACUACAAGCAGCUCCUCCAGUUUGUUUACUCCUCACAGCGCCCUCUGGCAGCCACCGCAGGGGAGCUGCUCUUCUCAAGGCUUCUCGACACUGUAGCUCCUGCAUCAGAUACUCAGGAUGGAAUGAAUGGGGAGGAGGAGGGAGCACAAAAACAGCAAACAUUUGCUAGACUGAAGGCUCUGCUGCAGUUCUAUCGGGAGUCUAAGCUGCAUAAGCAUGUGGUGUACCUGGUGGAUAGUCUGUGGGACUGUGGUGGAGCUCUGCUGAAGGACUGGCCCGCGCUCACAUCUAUACUGCUGCAGGACAGUCCAGGUCUUACUCAGGCAGAACAAGCCGUGCUUGUAGAGAUUUUAGUGGCAUCGGUGCGUCAGGCCUCGGAGGGACCUGCUCUGGUCGGGAGGACCGGUGUGAGGAAGGUAAUGAGCUCCAGAGAAAAGAAAACUCAGGUUGAUGACUGUACUAAGUUCACUGAACAUUUCCUCGUGGUGCUUCCAAAGUUACUGACCAAGUUUUCAGGCAGCUGGGACAUUGUUGCCUCCCUGAUGAAGAUUCCCCAGUAUUUCCUCCCUGAGUGUCCUCAGGCUGAAAACACACAGGUGGUGUCCCGCCUGUUGGCACAGAUGGGAGCAGUCCUGGAUCUCCACUCGGGCCCUGCUGUCCUGGAAGCAACGGCCCGCACAUAUCUCAGUCUCUGUGGGGAGGAAACGAGCUGGAGCUCUAUGACCCGAGCUGCCAGAGACGCUCUGGUCCAGCGCUGGGUGGGGCAGCUGACAACACUGCUGGAUGACUUGCUAAAGGGUGACAGUUUCUCUGCUGAUAAUGACAAAACUGGAGAAGUUUUAGCCACAUUGAAGAAACUCCGAACUUUUCAUAACUGUCAUGACCUCUCUCAGUGGAAUCUGUUUAAGCUGCUGUCGCCUCUCCUGUCAACGGAGAGCAGCCAGGGAGGAGCGCCACCUGAGGUGCUGCUGGAAGUACUGCAGUGUUCAUGUUACUGCGUGCUCUGGUCACUCAACACAAGUCGGGAAACUCUCACCUCCAGAGAGAAGGCUGUGGCCCAGAGGCUCCAGUUACGUCUGUUCUGUGAGAGCAGCCAGCGUUGUCUCUCUCACGCUGACCACAGUGUGCAGCAACAGGCUUUUGUAGGUGUCUGCGACCUCCUGACAGCUCAUUCCUACCAGUUCCACCUAUGGGACCCCACCUCAUUCGGUCCACUGCUCUACACUCCCAGUCUCAAACUGCAGAGGGCGCUGUUGACCUUUACAUGCACACAUGUCUUUGUUGGAGCAGACUGUGACAGUCAGAGCAGAGCCAGUAAAAACUCUGAGGUGGAGAGGCUCGAGGACCUCCACAGACGGAGAAAUCUGCUUGCGGCCUACUGCAAACUGAUCGUACACGGAGUGCUGGAGAUGAGCAUGGCAGCUGAAGUCUUCAUGUACUACAUGAAGUAUUACAACGACUUUGGAGACAUCAUCAAGGAGACGAUACAUAGGACCAGACAGAUGGAUAAAGUAGAGUGUGCUCGAACGUUGGCGCUCUGUUUGCAGCAGCUGUUUGUGCGUCUUAAGAAGGAGCAGGAGCGAGGUGGCGGGACUCAGCCAGCAGUCCAGACCUUCACUUGCAUCAAAGAACUGGCCAGGCGCUUCAGCCUUACCUUCGGGGACCUUGUCAAGUAUCGCGAGUGCAUCGUCAUGAUCCACAGGAACAGCAUAGAAUUUGUGUUUCAAAAGCUUAGCCAGACCCCUGGCACACCUACACCCCCCCACCUCUCCUUCCUGACCAUCCUCACUGAGUUCUCAAGCAAACUGCUCAAACCAGACAAGAAGACUGUGUUUUCCUACCUGCAGAAGCACACUGCAAAGCACAUUACUGACCUGAGAGAGGAGUGCUGGCAGCCACUUAUCUUCUAUCGUGCCUCCCUGUUGGCUGCGGCUGAACUGGAGGAUGCUGUGUCCCAUGUUAGCUCUGAUAAGAAGCCCUACCUGCUCAAUCGCCCUCCCGCCUACAGACAAAAACUAGAAGGCAGCAAGUUCCCCUGUUCAUUCAGUCCGACUGAUUCCAGAGUAAGCGUAGCUCACAGGCCCAGCUUCAGUCAAAGCCAUCAGAGGGCAACUGAUAUGGAUCCACUUUCCAUCCCCCUGGAAGCUCCUGCAAAGAGACUGGGCACUGAGGGAUCUGUCCUGAGCAGCAGCAGUGAGGGUGACACUGUGGAGGUUGAACUGUAAGUAACGUCGGUGCUCCUGUAUGGACAGCAAGACCCCAUAAACUCUUUUGUACCUUUGUAACUAGUGUCAAGUUAUUGUAUGAUUCUGUUUUUCUUACUUUUGACAAAUCCCAUGAAAAGACCAAAACCAGCAAGGAUAGUUUAGCAUGACCUUGCUUAUUCUUCUGUAUUAAAGUAUUAAAACUCUGGGUGCCAUUUACCUUUAUUACCAUAAAUAUAGGUAUUGUAUUUGAGAGUCGAUUCCGCAUACAACACGCUGCGGCCAUACUCACUAGAUCCAAAUCUAGCUGUGAAAAUAGUCUAUGACAAAUGCAGCAUUUGCUCUUGUGUGAGUAAUUUUAGCUAAACACUACAGUGCCUGGUUGUUUUAGGACAACUUGGGCCUUUAAAACAGGAAACUGUAUUUCUAUAUUCAUGUUUAAAGGUUUAGUAGGUCUUUUCAUGGAAUUUGCUGAGAAUGACAUAUAUAUAUGUGUGUAUAUAUAAUCACCAGCCCUAUUCUUCAAAUAAUGUCGGUUUAUAUUUGAAUAAGGUGAAAUAUGUUUCACUUACACUACUUCAAUUUGAGAAUGAAGUGUAUCAGUGUGUAUAUAGUGUCUUCUUAACCAGCAUAAGCUUCACUGUAGACUGUACUGGAAUGUUAUACGAAAUGAUCCAUAUUUUCAUUUUUCCUCUGGAUCACACUCAGGUAUUAUCCGGGGUCCAUUAAGAAAUACAGAAUGCUGUCCUGCCUGCCAGGUCAUGAUUGCCCUGUAUGGGAAAUGAUUGUGUUAAAGUAAGAUCAAAAGAGAUGUCCUGGUUCGAUAUUAUGUACCAUAUCAGCACUGAUCUGGGCAUUUCCCACAGGAUAAGUAGCAGCUAGAUCCAUUUCCGAUCACUUUUAGAACUAGUGUCUUAUAUUUGAACAGACUCACUCUCAUUUUUGAGAUGUGCAUCAUGCAACCGACACGCUGCAAUAUUGAUCGAUCGGUAGUGGGAACCUGAAGCCUGGUUUUAGCUUCAGGUUCAUUUUUUCGGAGCUAUGCGUGUAAAAUGCUCCAGUAUAGCUCCGGUAUAGACACAAACAACAAACCUCCCACAGUGUGCAUGUGAGAUGUUACUCACCGUGUACUCUGUGCUUUCGGUGUAGACAUGCUGAGUUUUUAUGCUUUUGUCCAGUGGUGCUACGACAGCUGCAACAAGGAUAUCUAAACUGGACUGUUACACAAACUGUGUUCACACAUAGAUAUGAAGUAGUAGUUAGUACCUACCCUGUACUGAAUCUGCAGUUCUGAGUGUGUCCAGCUCCCGGUUAUUCUUUCAUUCAUAUCAAUAAUUUAAGAUAAUAAACUUAAUAUUUUGGAACAGGACCUGAUCCAGUAUUUGGAUCAUGAAGC